GAAUGUGCUUGCGUUGCGGAGGAAACCGCUAGUUUCUCAAGACUUUCAAAUGCGGUGGCUGCACUGUGAACCGUAUUAAAGUCACAAUUUAGUAGAAAGCCACCAGAAGAACAUUUAAAAACAUAGCUUUAUAAAAUCUUUCCCAGCAGCCACUUGGAGUAUUUUUGUUUUCUUUGUGGAGCCGGGGUCGUUCAUCGUUUAUCUGAGGACUUGGGUUUUAUAUUUCACUCAGCUACCGUUGACUUUUGUCACACUUGUGUCAGUAUAAAAACCUACUUUACAAGUCUUUUUUUCGUCAGAAACGAGGAUUACGCUUUGAAGAUGUCCGUGGCGGGCUUAAAGAAACAGUUUUACAAAGCUAGCCAGAUGGUGAGCGAGAAGGUUGGUGGUGCUGAAGGAACUAAACUGGAUGAGGAGUUCAAGGACCUCGAGAGAAAAGUAGAUGUGACAAAUAAAGCUGUGAUAGAAGUCAUCUCUAAAACAUCAGAGUACCUGCAGCCUAAUCCGGCAUCUCGUGCAAAGCUCUCCAUGUUGAACACCAUGUCUAAGAUUAGAGGGCAGGUGAAGAGUCCAGGUUAUCCACAGGCAGAGGGGCUGCUGGGAGAAUGCAUGGCAAAGUUUGGCAGAGAACUCGGAGAGGACACAAACUUUGGUGGUGCUCUAGUUGAUGUUGGUGAAAGUAUGAAGAGACUAGCAGAGGUGAAGGAUUCAUUGGACAUUGAUGUCAAACAGAAUUUCAUCGACCCUUUACAAGGCCUGGCUGACAAGGACUUGAGAGAAAUACAGCACCAUUUGAAAAAGCUUGAAGGACGCAGGCUGGAUUAUGACUAUAAGAAGAAGCGUCAGGGGAAAAUUCCAGAUGAAGAGGUCAGGCAGGCUCUGGAGAAGUUCCAUGAAUCUAAGGAGGUGGCUGAGAUCAGCAUGUACAAUCUUCUGGAAACUGAUAUUGAGCAGGUGAGCCAGCUGUCGUCACUGGUUGAGUCUCAACUGCAGUACCACAGGCAGGCUGUUCAGGUCCUGGAUGAGCUCUCUGAAAAACUCAGAGAUAGGAUGAAAGAAGCUCAGUCACGUCCUCGUAAAGAGUAUGUGCCCAAGCCCAAGCCUGUAAUUGACUUUGGAGACACAAACGAACAGUCAAACGGUGGCUUAACCCCAACAUCUGCUCCACCCAUGCGCAAUGCAGAGCCAUACCGCCAGUUUGGCAGAAUAUCCACAUGGAAACCCAGAUUGCGUGAGUCAGAGAGUGGGAAUGCUUGGGAAUGUUUGUGUGUUUAUGUGUGUUGGGGUGGAGGAAAAGCUUGGGGGGAAGAUAUUGGGAAGGUGCAAGAAAGUAAAGGAAGUAGGAAUGUGCAAAACGGCACAUUUUCUAGGUGUAUAAUCAUUAUAUUUUACCAGAUUUUGGAUAUUUAAUUGUGUA